AUGGAGUCCAUCUUCUUAAAGCUCUCUGCCGAUGUAACGCUCCACGCGCGCAUCUCUCGACCUACCAUUGUCAACCAAAAACCACUUCUGGUUUUCCUCCAUUACUGGGGUGGAUCUUCUUCGACGUGGUACAAGCUCACCUCGCCGGGUUCACAGACCUCCUUAAGUACUACCUAUCCGACCCUUGCGGUAGACCUUCGGGGCUGGGGCAAGUCGGCGGGUCCGUCUGAGGAAACCGGAACAGCAUAUUCGAUUACGGCAAUGGCUUCCGACGUUGCCCUCGCAUUAGAGCAGCUGAAACAAGACGCUAGUACGGAGGAACUUUUCAACCACGGGUUUAUACUCGUUGGUCACUCUAUGGGAGCGAAAGUAGCUCUGGCCACGCUAUCUACCCUACAUGAGAAUCUACUUCGAGAAUUGAGAGGCUUGGUUUUAGUAGCCCCAGCGCCGCCGACAGCACUCAGCCUGCCACUGGAGAUGAAAGAGCAACAAAGGGUUGCCUACGAGACGAGGGAAUCCGUAAGAUGGACGGUAGAGAAUGUACUCGCAAACGUUAAAAACUUAAGUGAAGACGACAUUGAGUUGGUCAUUCAUGACAGCUUGAGUGCGAAUACAUUUGCCAAAGAGGCUUGGCCUACGUACGGGAUGGCAGAGGAUGUUUCUGAAAGUGUGAGGAGGUCUUUGGCCUACAUUAGCCAUGCUGGUAUUCGGGCGAGUGUACUUGUUGGGGAAUUGGAUAUUGUUGAACCAAGAGAGCGAGUUGAGGCUGGGAUUUGCCGGUUUCUUGAGGAGAAUGGUGUCAAAACGUCGCUGAGGGUUAUUGAGAAUGUGAGGCAUUUGAUUCCAUUGGAGUGCCCAGAGAUGGUCUACAAGCAGAUUUCUUUAUAUUGA